AUGAGGAGCUACUACACUUCAACAAUCCAUCUUUCCUGCAACAACGAGGCCCACAGCAUGCUUCUUGCCUGGCUCUCCCCCCAACCCUUUUUCAAAGACGUCAACUCGUCCCUUGUCACCGUUGACAUGAAGAAGGCGUGCGCCCCCACUUCCCAUGGUCCGAACAAGAAGCCUCUUCAGUAUGCACCGUGGAAUGGCGAGUUCUGGUUCCUCUACAAGGGCCAUUGGAUCGUCUUCAGACGCGUUGAGAAGAGCAACAACGACGUCUUCGCCCGAGAAACGGAAGAAGUCUCGCUCCAGUGCUUCGGAUGGUCGACGGGCAUCCUGAAGGCUCUAUUGGAGGAAAGCCGCGAAAAGUACCUGAAGGAUCUCCGUGGGAAGACGCUCAUCUUCGAGGCAAGAGGCGCACGGUGGGAGGAGUCCAAGACGAGAAGCAACAGAGACGUUUCGACCGUUCUCCAUGACGUCAAGGUGAAAGAAGCCGUCUUGAGCGACAUGGAGACUUUUCUUGACUCAAGCACGCGGGAAUGGUACACCGAGCGAGGCCUUCCAUACCGACGAGGAUACUUGCUCCAUGGGCCACCGGGCACUGGAAAAUCCAGUUUCAGCUUUUCGAUUGCCGGGCAUUUCGGCUUGGACAUCUACAUUCUCAGCCUCGCCAACCUCGAUGAUGCCGCUCUGACCAUUUUAUUGGACAAACUGCCUCAGAACUGUGUUAUCCUCCUCGAAGACAUUGACGCAGCGACUUCGAACCGGGCACAAAACAAAGACGAGGAUUCCGAUUCUGUUUCCGGCGACUCGGAGAAGAAACAGGGAAAGAAAGUGACUCUCUCUGGCCUUCUCAACGCGCUCGAUGGGGUGGGGUCUCAAGAGGGCCGGCUCCUCAUCAUGACUACGAAUUAUGUCGAGCGCCUUGACGACGCACUGAUCCGGCCUGGCCGCGUGGACGUCAAGGUCAAGUUCCGACUUGCCGACAGAGAUCUCAUCGGGCAGCUCUUUCGCCUCGUCUUCAAAGGCUCCGACGACAUCACGACUGUCGAGCGGCUUGCCGACGAGUUUGCUGAUCAGGUCCCAGAGUCGGAGUUCAGUCCUGCGGAGGUGCUUUCCCUCCUCUUGGAGCACAGAAUGCGUCCAGACGACGCAGUCGCGGGCGUGGAAGCAUGGGUGGAUAAGAUCAGGGAGGAGAGGAGGGGCCUGAGAAGGGAGGGAUCUUGGUUGCAUUAUGGGUAG